GAAAACGUGAACGUUGCUCCCAGAACGGGGUGUGGCCAGUGAAAAGUGUGGCUGGUGUCGUCCUAGUAACAUCAAUCGGCCGUGAGCUGACGUCAAUUGUUCUUUGUUCCUCCGUUAGGCUUCUUCUGUCACGGGCUGUUUGAGCUUGAACAGCGUGGCCUAGCCCAGGGGGGGUUGGUUGGUCUGGAUGGCGGCGCCUAGAAAUAGCCGAGCGAUGUAGCUUGGAAGAAGAAGAAGGGAGAAAAAAAAAAAAAAAAAAGACCAGCAGUCCUUGAAGCGUGGCCUAGCUUGCUUGAUUUUUCCUCUGCGGCAGAUGCGCCGACCACGCGAUGCGCUGAACAGGCCGAGACGCUGCACACCACCACGGCGCUACAGCAGGUGCGAAACCAGGAUGGACCUCGCAGCUGGCCUCUUAGCUGGCGAUACGAAGCUCCUGGAACUGGUCUGCCGGCCGGCCCCCUGCUGCGCUCCACUGACGGCUUUCUGGACGAGCGACGAUGACACAACCGCUCACAGUCUCAAACCGCAUGCGGUUGUGUUUUUUGAAUAGUUAAUAUAAACAAGUGGAGAGUGCAGGGUGUGCGCUGCGAAUGUGUGUGUCUUGGCGCCACUUAGGGCGAGGAAUCGAGAUGCGCGGCUGCGACGAGACAGAAGAGUAUAGAGGGAAAAAAAAAGAUUAAUUGGG